AUACGUCCUCUUCGUUGAAUUUUAUCUGAAGGGAAUUCCACCGGAAGGGAUUUCCCAAAAUAUGAAAACGAGGCUGGGGAUUCCCUUACAGAUGUCGCUGUGAACAAGCGUUUCAAUGCAUAAUUAUUUUGUGUAGAAAAACAGCGAUUUCACUGAUAGAACUUAGGUCGGCGCUAGCCUGUCAAUCGUGACAUGUUUCAAUGUGUGUUAUCAAGGAUUGUAACACAAAGAUGUGCGUAUUUCCAACAUGGAAUAACCUGCCGAACGUUUCAAGCUGACGAAAUGAUAACAAAAUUAUUCCAACAAGCCUCACAAUCUCAUCGAAAAAUUCACCGAUCUGCAAUGAUGCUGGUUGCAAUGACUCGUAAGCACAAACCCGUUGUUUCAAAGAGAGUUUUAGCAAAAAAUCUUACUUUGACAACUGGCGAAUUGUCCGUUGCAAGCAGAUUAAUAGAAAAAUGGAUUUACGAAGUGGACCCUUUCGGUAAACUUGACAUUAAUGUCCCGUUUGACGUUGAAAUCUCAACUCUAAAUCCACAGGAAUAUCCGGAAAUGAACAAGGCGUUAAUAACAAUACUCACCAAGGAAGAUGGUCAGAAUGACAAAGCCAGAUCAUUCGCAGACAUUUACAACUUAAAGAUAGAUUUAUGUGGUGAUAAGAAGAACCUAACAGUGACGACCGCCAUGGCAGACGGGAUAGUCCUACCUGUGAUAUGCAGCAUUAAACUGCCGCUGAAGUUUGAUGUGAGAGUGAGAAAUACACAGCCAUGUGAUGUGUCCAUCAAGAAGACGGAGUGUGCUGAUAUUGAUGUGGUGCUCACAAAGGGAGACUGCCUGUUGAAGAGUGUGAAGAGUGGCCGGGUGGCAGUGGAAUGUAGUAAUGGGAAUAUCACAAGUGACUCUCUGCUGCAGGGCAACAUCAAACUCAGAGCCGCAGGAAAAGGGUAUAUCAAGGGGAAACGCUUCCAGGGUUCAACUGUAGAGUGUAUCACAGAUGCGGGAGACUUACAUAUAGGGGCCAUCUAUGCAGACAAGAGUCACUUCUUCAGUUGCCAUGGUGAUGUACAUCUUGGUUCUUGCCAUGGAAAUACUGAUGUAAAAAUUGACACUGGGAGCCUCACUGUAGAUACUUUAAAUGGAGAUUUGACUGCUGCAAUUGACAAUGGCAAUAUUGAUGUCUUCAUAGAGCGACACGACAAAGUAGAUGUGUCUUGUGGUGCAGGUGACAUCAGUCUGAAAUGCAGAAAAGACCUAGAAUCCGAAAUGAGAGUCAUAGCUGAUUCCAUGGCUGUUGAUGAUGACAUCAAGUUUGACCACACGACAUCAUCUCACGAAGGUCAAACCAAACAUGAAGGUUUUCUCACCAGCCAAGGGGGAGGGGAGAUAUGUGCACACACAAGGAAAGGAGCAGUCAGGAUCACUUGUCACAACUGGUUAUCUUCCCUUGGUCUCAAGUUUGACUGAUCCACGUCUGCUACAGCUAGAAUAUCACUACUGGCGGUUCAUGGCACAACUGGUUAUCUUCCCUUGGUCUCAAGUUUGACUGAUCCACGUCUUCUACAGCUAGAAUAUCACUACUGGCGGUUCAUGGCACAACUGGUUAUCUUCCCUUGGACUCAAGUUUGACUAAUCCACGUCUGCUACAGCUAGAAUAUCACUACUGACAGUUAAUGGCACAUCUGGUUAUCUUCCCUUGGACUCAAGUUUGACUGAUCCACGUCUGCUACAGCUAGAAUAUCACUACUGGCGGUUCAUGGCACAUCUGGUUAUCUUCCCUUGUUCUCCAGUUGGACUUAUCCACGUCUGCUACAGCUAGAAUAUCACUACUGAAAAUAAUGGCACAACUGGUUAUCUUUCCUUGGUCUCCAGUUUGACUGAUCCACGUCUGCUACAGCUAGAAUAUUACUACUGACAGUUAAUGGCACAUCUUCCCUUGGUCUCCAGUUUGACUGAUCCACAUCUGCUACAGCUAGAAUAUCACUACUGACAGUUAAUGGCACGUCUUCCCUUGGUCUCCAGUUUGACUGAUCAACGUCUGCUACACCUAGAAUAUCACUACUGACAGCUAAUGGCACAUCUUCCCUUGGUCUCCAGUUUGACUGAUCAACGUCUGGUACAGCUAGAUUAUCACUACUGACAGUCAUGGCACAACUGUGACUAUAUCAUCCUCAACAUCUCCAGGGCUCGCAAUUCAGCAAGCCUAUACUAAGCCCUGGAUCCAUUCCAUGUUCUCGCAAUCUCAAUUUACCCUCCUUCAUUUUCAUUAACAUUUUACCGACCAAUCAAAUGUGGAGAUAAGGAAUAAGGAAAUAGGCAGAUUGCAGGGAAUGCUUGGAAGCAAAGGGACUUGCCACCAUCAGUGUUAAUAGACAUGAAGAGAUCCUUUCCAUCAAAAACAUUAUUUAGGGCUUUCUUUCUCAUGUCAGUCAGCUUUUCAAUGUUGGAUUUCUUGCAUGCUCUAUCAUAAUCAGUGGUACUGGUCGCCAUGUUGUUGAUAUUGCUGAUCCAAAUUUUGAGGCUGUUUUGUAACUCGCAUUCUGAUUGGUCCGUUAGACUGAGUAGCACAGUAAAUCAAAGUGAUUUAUGGAAAUCAGGGGCGGUUAAUUUGAGAUUGCAAGAACCACGUGAACGGAUCCAUUUGGCUUUACGCUACUUUUAUCAACUUUCAAGCAAUAUCACGGCAGGUACUUUUAUCAUUAAACAAAGAACAUGUCUUCACUAGAAUGGGUCCCUUCUUUGAAAAACUUUCAGCCAAGAUUAGUCACAGGUCAAGGUUACUCUUUUUCAUCCUCAUUCCGAGGCACAUUUACCUCUACAGCCCUGAUGACUUAUAUAUAAAUAUAUAUAUAUAUAUAUAUAUAUAUGAAUCCCUCAUCAAAUGUCAGUCAUCUUUGAGGUCAUUGUGGAGUGGUUGUGUCAUUCAUUGCCAGUCACUGUUGCACCUUAGUUGAUGUUAGAUGAUGUCAUACUGGUAUUUGUUCCUUUCACAAUACAUGCUACACUAACCAUGUUGCCAAAUUCAGAUGUGACAUCGCCAGAUUAUAAAGCAUAUGUCUUUCUUAUAAAGCACUGAGCAUUCUGUACUGUACUAGGCCUCCUGAAGUAUUCACAUUACAUCAUAAGUUUAUUUGGGUUUCUUAUUAGCCUAGUUGGGCGUUUGGUUGGUUUGUUGUUGAACGCUGCACUCAGCAAUGUUCCAGCUAUAUGACAGCAGUCUGUAAAGAAUCAAGUCUAGACCAGACAAUCCAAUGAUUGACAUCAUGAACAUCACUCAACACAAUUGGGAUACCAGGACAACCAAGGAUCCACCUGGUCCAUUUAGUUAUCUCUCAUGACAAGCAUGGGGACCUAUAUUCCAGCCCAGAAUCCCCAUGGGGUGGACAAGCAUAAAUUGCAGGGGAUCCCUAUUCAAACCCAGAAUCCCCAGUUCCCUAUCCAUAGACAUGGUACUUUCAAGUUUAAGCUUUUUCUGUAGUUAGCAUGUGUUUGCCCAACUGGAAGUUAUAAGUUAAGACUGAAGGCUACUUCUGAUUGUGAAAGUACUUGCAAACACCACUAGUUGCAGUUUAUUACGUUGGCACAUGGAGGUUUCAGCCAAGUACAUAUACAAGUCAGCAUGGUAAACACUAUCACUGAAUAACAGACUUCUGAGUCAGGAAUUACAUAUUUGACUGACUGGAGUGAAAAGGUAAUAAAAUUAGCAUCAUUUUUUUGGUAUUUAUCUGUCCAUAAGCAUUUUUAUUUUCUCACAACACCGACCAAAAAUGAAAUAAAUUAUGCCCAAAAUGAUAUGAACAAAACUUGAUCUACACAUAUAUAUUUUGACUGACACAAGCUAUUAUGUUUGCAAGCCCGAAGUGAUGCAGGUCUCAGACGUUUACCACUUUGGUGAAACCCACGAGCACGGGUAUGGUGCUGACAAAACCUAGAAACAUGAUCGGGGCGUACCGAGAUUCGAACCCACAAUCAUAGGUUUCUGGCGUGCCCAAGGGCCGCAACUCUGCACAGUGAAUCGCGGCGCCUUAGACGACUGGGCCCACCAAGCCAAGGAGAUUUAAACUUUUAUCAAUGAUUGUUGAUAUGUUUGAUAUCAAAAGACACUCUGGUGAGAUUCUAUUUUUUCAUCCAAAAUCAUUCUUCAAACUUUUUUAGUUUGUAGACAGUUAAAAGCAUGUCUGAAGUGUAAAAUGUACUGCUAACCAGCUUCAGUAGCAGAGCCAUUAGUGAUGUCAUUUGAUAGUGAUGUCAUGGUAACCGAUGAUGUCACAAUGGUAAGCACUGUGAAGCAAUGUCAGUGCAGCAGUACCUCCUGUUGGAGCCAGCUUUGGAUGAUAAAUGGCGUUCUCUAUGGCAUGUGUUUUGCAUGGAAAAUAUUGUUAAAAUAUAUCAAAGUCUUAGUCAAUGUUCACAUGUGUAUCGCAUCAAUUACAUGCAACAGGGCCAGCAUGUCACUUCCAAUUUCUCUCCUUUCCAAUGGUACUUGCAAUCAGUUUGUGUGGGUGCGCUAUCAGGUCACUGUAUAAUGUAACGAAAUAAAAGUGUUCCACAACUGCA